AGCUUGGACUAGCCUGCUAGCCAAUCCUUACUCCGAAUACGGGUGGGAGAACAUAAACAUACGCCAGCUUCCCAUAUUGUGAACAAAGGGAAGGGAGUCGGGCCUAUAAAAUUAUCAGAUAUUUCAAGAUGGCGUCCAGCAUGGGAGCUAGGAAUUCUGACGGAAAACUUGAAUUUACUUUGGAAGUUCCUUUUCCUUCUCAAAGGGAGGCAUCCAUUGCAGUCCAGUCCUUGUUCCCUGAUCGCGAGCCUAGAAAAGGAGGCAUCACAAAAACUAUCAGUGUUUCAGCCAACAGACUGUCUGUAAAGUGGACUGCCGAGGAGGCCCGCAUUCUUCGUGUAUCUGUAGGCUCAUUUUUAGAUCACCUAGCACUGGUAAUGGAAACAAUGGAUGCAUUUGGACGGACUGUUCAACAGUGAAAGUAAUCAACGACUUGGUUUAUUGUUGUAAGGGUCAGUCAGCUAAUGCUGCCAAUAGAGAGAACACAAAGGAACUCUAAAGGAAUGCAGCAUAUUUUCAGGAUAUGUUGGAAGAAGACAUGCCAUUAAGUGUAUAAUUUACUUGUUGACUAAUUACAAAAAGACUUUUCAAAUGUACUGAUUUUCAAUGUCCUUUUUUGUUAUUUUGUACUUGUGUUCAAAUAAAUUGUUGAAAAAAUCCUAUCAGUGCAGGCAGUUCUAAUAAAUCCAAAUAUAUGGUG